AUGAUGUUCAAGCAAAAAGUGGAAAACACGCGGAAAAAUUAGUGGGAGAGCAACAAAAAGAGCCAAAUCCUGUAGCGGAUUAGUGCAAGAGGUGCUCGGUGGCUGAUAAGUAAAUGAGCAGACGAAUAAAGGUGGAAGAAGAGGGGGCAAAACAAGCGUUGCUCUCAUCAGAAAUCCCCCAUAGCAACCAUUGAAACUCGGUCACAUUUUGGAAGAAGAGAGAAAAGUAGGAGACGUCUAAUUGGGGGAAGACAGAGUGGAUAAACAAUAUUUGUACUAUGAUCCGUCGGGAAAGAAAGAGUGCAAAUUGUCUAGACCCUGACACUAUGCAUCCCAUUUCCGCAUUUUAUUUUCAGAAACGGAGUUCGACACACGGAUGCUCGGAAGCGACUCAAUCACAAGUGUAAUUACCAGGAUAUUUGGCUAGUUCCGGGAAGAGCCGACGCCAGUUGUAGUUAGUUUUUGGGAUUACUGUAGUUCGAAAAAUCCGUAAAGUCGGCGUCCACGUAUCAAAAACGCAAUUGCAGCCCGUCCGGGAGCCAAGAAAGUGCUCGACAUCAAUCCGAGCCAAGUUCACAUCAAACCGGACGUCGUGCGAUUCCCCGGAUGCUUUACUCUUGAGAUUAAAAAUGUUAAGGUUAGUACGUAUAUUUCUACAGAAUUUCAUUCACAAUAUCCAUUUCAGGUCAAAGAUCUGCCAGAGGCCCUCGACAACAGUUUCUUCGCAAAAGCAGAGUAUCAGUGGUGGAAUGUGAAGGACUUUUCGAAUAUGAAAUGCCAGAAUGCCACCAAUAACGGGUGCGGGGGUUACGGUAACAAUUGGUUGGUGACAGGGCGUUUUUAACUUUUAAAAUGUUCGACAAUAUCAGCUAUUUCUGCGAUGUGUGCGAAUCGCUGACCGAUUUGGAGCAUCACGACGAGGACCCUUCGAACACGCUGGCUUCUCAACUCAAAGGAAUCAAUUGCCCGCAGAAACCUGGAUUUUACACAUUCAGAAAGGUGGGGUCAUUUGAUUUUUGGAAAAAGUUGGAUACUAUGGAUGUACAGGAGUUCUGCUUCAAUGAUUGGACGGCUUUCGACGCGGACGGCGACUGUGAGAUGGAUUUUUUGCAAGGCGAUCGAGGGGACUACAAAAGUGCUCUCGGAAGUCUGCAACAAGUCGGAUAUGUUAGUUUUAGAGCAUUUCCCAGACAAUUUGUGAUUCAUGAAAUCCAUUUUAGGGCUCGGUGAUUGCAAAAAUCCGUCUGGCCUUCAAUGCGACCGGAUCCAUCCUGCGCAAACGGCAACUGAAAGAAGAGCAAAUUGAGGAGACGGUUGCAAAGUUAGUGUGAAAGUGCGCCCCAUCGAAUCAUCGAACUUUUCCUUUUUUCAGAGAACUCGAGGAACGACGGCGAACUUGGGAUGUCAAUAACGGACAGUUCGACAAGUUCAGCCAGUGGUACAUUGAGUAUCGCAAGAAUUUGUGGCACAAGUAAGGGAGACCUUUUUCUAAAAAAAAACAGUCGUUUUGCAGAGACGACUACCUUCCAUGGCUAUUGUAUGAGAACGAGAUUUCGUGUCUGAAACUGACGUUUGACGUGUGUGAACGACCGCCGCGACGCAUCAAUUUCGGCGGUCGGAGCCGGUUUACUUGUGAAAAUUAA